AUGAUACACAAUGACCACGAGGAACUCUCAGACAAGGAAUUCGACAGUUUAAGAGAAUCAUGUUUGAAGGGUACGUUUUUUUUUGUAAUUGAUGAACUAACAAGAACAAGAAGGCAUACUAACUCUGGCAGCCCGAAACUCAGCAUAUUGUCCAUAUUCGAAAUUCAGGUACGUAUAUGCGUUAUUUUGAUAAAUUGA